AUGGCGUUUCACACGCACACAACCCAACCCCUGAAGGAGAUAGCCAUCGACUACACCCCCGAAGCAUGUUCCCACUGCCCCAACUCCAACACCAUCACCCUCACCUUCGACCACCGCGGCGGCGCACGGUGGCGCUCCACCACCCGGUUCCUCCACGGAACCUUCUCCACCCUCCUCCGCUGCCCCACCGGCAACACCAGCGGCCUGAACUUCAACUUCUACCUCUCUUCCCUCGAAGGUGAAAAGUCCCAAGACGAGAUCGAUUUUGAGUUCUUGGGCAAAGACACAACCCUCGUUCAAACCAACUUCUUCACUGAAGGAACCGGCAAUAGGGAACGCAUUCACCGUUUGGGUUUUGAUGCCUCUGAUGGGUUUCAUGAAUAUGGGAUCAUGUGGGGUUCUGAUGUGAUUGAGUGGUUCGUUGAUGGGAGUGCGGUGAGGAGGGAAGAGAGGAAGGAGGGUGAAGGGUUCCCUCUCAAGCCUAUGUUUUUGUAUGCUUCUGUUUGGGAUGCUAGUUCCAUUGAUGAAGGAAGGUGGACUGGGAAAUAUUAUGCAACUCAUGAGCCUUAUGUUUGUAUCUAUAAGGACAUUCGUGUACCCGUGGAGACUGCUCUUGAAUGA